UUAGAUGUUAGAUUAGUUUUGUCUUCUGAUUUUCAACGAGAAAGUUAUCAUAAGUUUCAUUAUUAGUGAAUGCAGUUAUAUUGACGCACGAAUGAACCCCAUGUGUUUUCGCAUAAGGUGGAGUAACAAAGUAACGCACUACUUUUUCGUGGGUAACGAGUCCUGAGCUGCUGUGAUCAUGCGCAUGAAGUUUGCACGUUGUCUAUCCAGUGCGUCUUUGGCUUCUCACCACUGAAGAUCAGUGUGCAUUUUCUCUGUGAGUACAAGUGACGCGCUCUAAACCGAACCCCUUUAAGGAUUUUAACUGUGCGUUUAACCUCACACUGACAUGGAAGAUUUCAAAAGUUCAGACCGAUUUUUCCACAAGUCUUCAUUCAGCAUCAGCAGCCUGUUAUGGAGAAGAGAGGGGGUGGUGGGAGACCAGGAGUGUCCUUCUCCGUCCCCAAAACUGCGUUCUGCGCACCCGGACAAACCGAGUCAACUGGAAAACUUUGACAAUGAGGAGAACUGUAGCAACACAAAACUAUGUAAGGUACAAAGCAAACCGGCGUCAGCAAAUAGCAAACGAGGGGGGACCAAAGAAGAUUCAAAGAAAGGAGUGAGACCUGAGGAGAGCACCAAACCUGAAAAACCUCCGUUUAGUUACAAUGCGCUCAUCAUGAUGGCCAUCCGCCAAAGCCCCGAACGGCGGCUCACACUCAACGGCAUCUAUGAGUUUAUCAUGGACAACUUUCCAUACUACCGGCAAAACAGACAAGGAUGGCAGAACUCCAUCAGGCAUAACCUCAGCCUGAACAAGUGUUUCGUCAAAGUGCCGCGACACUAUGAUGAUCCAGGUAAAGGCAAUUACUGGAUGCUGGACCCCUGCAGUGAAGAUGUGUUCAUAGGCGGCACAUCAGGGAAACUCCGCCGCAGGACCACAGCUGGCUCUCGGGCCAAGCUUGCUUUGAAAAGAGGAGGGAGUCGCCUCAUGACCUCCAGCACUGCAACCAGUGUGACCUUGGCUGCAGCAGGUUCAUUUUACUGGCCGGUGUCACCGUUUCUUCCUCUCCAAACGCCAGUGCGCACCCAUCUUGGCACAGGAACUUACUUGAGCACUCAUCCUAGUUUUUCCAACCACGCCACAUCGGUGGUUUCACAGCGUUCUCGGCUCAGUGCAACAAGUGCUGCAGAUGCUGACCGGUUCCUCCAAACGCACCAGGAAAUGUCCUACAUCGGAGUCAGUUGCGCACAGUCUCGGCGCCAUCAGAUUGGAGGCGCCUGCACCGCUUUUUCGACAUCCAUUCCUGCGUGCACCCUGCCGCUGUCGGAUCCGUGCUCUUUUAACAUGAUUUCUGGACAAGCCAGCUAUUUUUACUCACACCAACUACCCUGUACCGCGACGUUUAGGCCGAGUCCGUCCCAGGAUGAAUGCGCAACAUCCAAGACAACUCCGGGACAUUUUUUAUCCAAGAAUGGCCACUCAGACCUCGGGGGAUGCUGUAAUGACUUUCCAAAUUAUUACCCUCAAGUUAGCCCGAGCCCUUCUUGGAAUAUAGAAAAAUAGAAGUAGUAAUCAAUAAUGGAUUUACAACAUUGCUGUAAAUUGCUGUUUAAUUAGGCCUAAAAAUAAAGCUGGCAAGUAAAUGCCAAGAACAGUACUUAAAAAAUUACCUGUAAAUCAGGUUUUUUACUUCAUAAAAAAUAAACUUGUAAUGACUAUAUCUGGCAAUAUUUGCCUAAUACUUUCAUUGUGAUAUUAUCUUUGACCAUUUAAAUACAAAUACAAAAUCCUGUUCGUCUCAAUUAAAAUGUCACAAAUAAAUGAGCAUAUAAAAAAUACAAAGCAUCCACAUAGCCUGAAUUUCUUUAUAUUAUUAAAAAAUUGCGCUAAAACCUAUGUGCGCAUUUGUUUCUGUGCACACGAAUGACGCCUAACGAAGAACAAGACAUUUGUUUGUUUUUAUGAUUUAAAUAAUGUAUUACCAGCCACGUAGCAUCUGUUAACAGAAUAUUCUUGGUUUAGGAACCUUGUCCUCCACUUAUAUGACUUUUCGCAUUUAUUAUUUUCCAAAAUAAAUAUAUGCACUUGUCUAUAUAGAAACUGAAGUGUUUGUUUGCGCGCAUGUGAAUGUUGUUAGGCCUGAUGCCACCAUCUGAAAUGCAAAAGUCUAAAAAUAUAAACAUAAAAUGUGUAACCUUAAAAUAAAAAAAGAUUAAAAAUACAAAACACUGUCUUUGAAGUGGUUCAUUUCAGGAGCAUGUUGAUCACACGUAAAAGAGCUACUAAAUAAUUAUGAAUGUUGCAUGUUGAUUUUGAUCUGCUCUGCUGAGGAGUCAAAAUAAUAAUAUACGUUUAAGAUGUUCUAAAAGGUCAUUUUAAAGUUUAUUUAAAAUCUAAUUAUU